UCUUACCCGAAGACGGAUUCAUGGGGGAACAGCAGCACCGACUGUUGUAACUGGGAUGGUGUAACGUGCGAUAUUAAGUCCGGGAAGGUGAUUGGUUUAGACCUUAGUUGCAGCUGUCUUUAUGGUCCCUUUGAACCCAAUUCUAGUCUUUUUAGACUGACACAUCUCAAAAGUCUGAACCUUGCCUACAACAACUUCACUCUUUCUCCAAUCCCAGCUAAGUUCAAUAAUCUCAUGUUGUUAGAAACACUAAACCUCUCUACGACUUCACUGAAAGGUCAUAUCCCAAGAGAAAUUCUCCAGCUCACCAAUCUGGUGUCUCUCGAUCUUUAUUCUUAUGAUUCAGCGCCUCCAAGUUUGUUGUCCAUUGAAAACCCACCAUUGUUUCUCCCUCUACUUGCUCGAAGCCUGAGGAACCUUAGAGUCUUGGAUAUGAGCUACGUAAACAUUUCUUCAGAAAUCCCUCACGAGUUUUCAUACAUGCCCUCUCUAAGAUCUCUACAUCUUACGAGUUGCUAUCUGGUUGGAGAGUUUCCAAGCAGUGUUUUCCUGAUACCAAACUUAAAGUCCAUUAUACUGUUUUCAAACCCAAACUUGAGAGGCAAACUUCCUGUUUUUCCUAGAAACAACUCUCUGCAAGUCUUGCGUAUUGCCGAUUCAUCCUUUUCAGGUAUCAUACCUGAGUCCAUCGGCAACCUUAAACACUUAGUUUCUUUGCAACUUACAGAGUCCAAUUUCUCUGGGAGGAUUCCAUCUUCACUUGGUGAACUUUCUAAUCUAUCAAGUCUCAGUCUUUAUGGAAAUCAUUUCACUGGUGAAGUCCCAUCUUCAAUUGGCAAUCUAAAACAGUUGCUCAUCUUUUCCGUUUCUGAUAAUCAGCUCACCGGAAACUUUCCAUCUGCACUACUCAACUUAACCAAACUACCUAGUAUAUAUCUCAGUUACAACAAGUUCACAGGUUCCCUCCCACCUAACAUUGGCCAACUCUCCAAAUUGGAAGUCCUUUCCGCAGAUGGUAAUUCUUUUACAGGAGCAGUUCCUUCAUCCUUGUAUCAAAUCUCUUCAUUGGCCUACAUCUCUUUGAGGGAGAACCAACUCAGUGAUCUCGUUGGAUUCCAGAAUAUCUCUCUGUUAUCUAAUUUACAAACUAGGAAAACUAGAUCUUUCGGGAAUUCCUAUUUCAACAUCAAACAUCACUUCUGA